AUUUACUCCGUCUAAAGAAAGCCAGAAGUGGUUUCUUUGACGUAUCCAUCUAGAUUCAACUCGUAUUCGGUAUGAAGAAAAUGAGCAGUACCAGGGACUCCCCAGGUGUUAGUUCACCAGCUAUGGAAUCAACAGUGUCUGAUGAUACACCGGUUGCCAGCCCAAGGGAGGGGCCUUUCGACCAGUCCCAGUCACAGAAGCUUGAGGGCGUCACACAGAUACAUGCGGCUGCUGUGAACGGGGACAAGGCCUGGCUUGCAAGAGUCAUAACGGCCAACAUUGGAACUGGCCUACUGGACGCCGGGGACCAGUUCGACCGCACACCCCUGAUGUUUUGUGUGCUGGCUGACCGACUGGAGUGUGCCGAACUACUGCUGAAGGCUGGGGCGCAGACCAACAUGAAGGACAAAGGGGGAAGGACCGCCCUUCACUGGGCAGCACACAAGGGUAAUGUUCGCCUGAUUAAGCUGCUGCUAUCCAAGGGUGCUGACUGCCAUAUGAAGGAUAACGAAGGCCAGACCGCUGUACACCUGUGUACGAGACACAAGUCACCCAAGUGCAUGACUUUGUUGCUACGGCAGCUGUCGCCGGGGGAGAUUGAUGAUCAGGAUAGAAACAAGAGGACAGCAUUACACUGGGCUGCAUCGUAUGGGAAUUUAGAACACGUGAAAAUGCUGAUCAAGCAGGACUCGAACAUAGGCAUCCCCGACAUUGAGGGAAAAACGCCACUCCACUGGGCAGCCAGUAGUCGAGAUGCAGAGGCUGUCAACUGCGUCAGGCUCAUUUUGGACACGACCCCGAGUGUUAUAAACUGGCAGGAUUAUGAGGGAAGGACUGCCCUGCAUUUAGUGGUUGCCGAUGGUAAUGAGGCCGUCGUUAAGGCACUGGUUGCUGUUGACAACUGCAAUGUUUCUGCCCUGGACAACAUGUUCAGGACCCCUCUACACUGGGCUGCUGUACUUGGUCAUUCAAAGAUCGUAUCCCUGCUGCUGGACAACAAGGCGGAGUUCUCGAGUUCAGACCAGAACGGGGCCACACCUUUACACUAUGCAGCGCAAAACAACUUUGACGAGACUGUUGAAGUGUUUCUGUCUCGCGCCAAUGUGACAGACGAAGCAGAUGUGGAGGGCAGGACGGCAUUCAUGUGGGCAGCGGGCAAGGGGGCAGACCAAGUGUUGGAGACCUUCCUCAAACACAACGUGGACAUACAGCAGGUCGACAAGAACGGCGGCACAGCCCUGCAUGCUGCUGCGCUCUCAGGUCACGCCUCCUCAGUAAAGAUCCUGUUUAACCAUGGCGCCCAAAUCGAUGCGACGGACUUUAUGAAGCACACGCCGCUGUUCCGAGCCUGCGAGAUGGGACACACGGAUGUCGUGCAGACGCUCAUUGACGAUGGGGCACGCGUCGGGAUGCUUGACGAAGACGGACGGUCACCCCUGCAUUGGGCUGCACUGGGAGGCCACGCCUACAUCUGCCAGACCCUCAUCAAAUACGUUGUCGACCCUAAUAUCAAGGACUCCUCAGGGCGAACUCCAAUACAGUGUGCGGCCUACGGGGGAUAUGUCAACUGUAUGUCUGUACUCCUUGAGCACAAGGCAGACCCUAACGCCAAUGACUGUGAGGGGAUGACUGCUCUCCAUUGGGCAUGCAGUAAAGGUCAUCUGGACGCUGUGAAACUGCUCAUUGAGUACAGAACAUUUCCCAACCACAUGGAGUUCACAGAAGAUAGGUACACUCCACUGGACUACGCACUGAUGGGGGAACAUCAUGAGGUGGCUCAGUUUCUUCUUGAGCAGGGAGCUCUUUCCAUCACAGAAAUAGGGGCCAGAAUAAGGGUCCAUCACAGAUAA